UUAGAAAGUAGAGGACAAUGAUACGAUGACUAGCAUAUUGGUUUUUUUAUGAGCUUACUUCCUUUGUCAUUAAGUCCAAUGAUUUUCUGGACCUAACAGUGCUACAUGGCAUAGAAUGUUCCUAACGUCUCUAGCUGGGAUGAUUUUGAGCAAAGAAAAGAGAAUUCUUUGAAAGAAGGCUGAGUUGAGAGCAGUUGCUACAUGAAUCUUACAGCAAAGUUCUGUUGCAAACGGAGGAAUAUGGAAAAAUGAAGAGACUGAAUGUGGGGAGAGUUCCACAUGUGAAUAGUUUUUGUAAGUGAAACCCUUGAUCAGCAAAAUCUCAAAUUUUGUUUCAGGGCUUUAUAAGUUUUUAGGAAAACAAAAGCUAAAACCCAGCCUCUUAAUUUGUGUCAUGCCAGAAACGUCAGUGAUCUUCACAGUGAAGCACCUUGCCUUUCCCAAGGUGUUCUGUGGGAACACAUCUCUUCCCUUUGGAAGGCCAAGGUCUCUCUAGAUUGGUAUUUCUUCAGUGAGAUACCUUGCUGUGGUAACCAAACAGAGUAUUUUCCAUGUGAAAUUUUGGUAGUGUUUGAUUUAGGGUCUUACUGAUUUUUUUUCUCUUUGUAACUCAGUCUUUUAGAAAUGUGUGUCAGUGUCCCCAGCUCUUAUAUCUUCUUCCUACUGAGUCCGCUCACAGGACUGGGAGGAGCAGAGACCGCUACUAAUUGCAGCCAGCUGUGGAGGGGAAAGGAGGAAAUGCAUGUUUCUGAACAUAACAUAAAUUAAUGCCACGGGCCUUGUAUGUUAAUUUCUGUCUGAAGGCAUCUGUAUCUAAAGAAUCAAGAGCAAAUAUGUCCAGCUGCUGACCUGAUGAAUGGCUGCAUGGCAGAGCUCUAUAAAGAACACCGUUCUGCUUCUGUUGACUUGCCACUCUGAAGUGCCAAGUUAAAAUGGUGCAGGAAUGACCUCAGAUCUUUCCUGCUUGUAUUAAGAAAAAAACAACUCACAAGACUGUGUGGUAGGACAAAAUAAUUUCUGUUCCAUGAAAUAGCUGUUACUGAGAUGUCUUUCAGCUACAAAGUAUAAUUUCAGCUACAAAGGAGGAUGGAAAUUGGUUCUGUUAUAUGGGUAUCUUUCUUCCUUCUUAGAGUGUAAGAUAGCCUCAAUUACCAGUGAUAAUAUAAGGUCCGGCUUCUAACUACUGGUAAUUAACGCAGGCUUUUAAAAUUUUGCUCUACUGUUAAGUAUCAUUCAUUUUAAAUUGUGUAUAUUUGUGCUUUUUUUUCCUUUAUAAGUAAGCCAGGGAAGACCAACUAACCAGGAAUUUAUCCACGUUAUCCAGUUACUUGUAUGCUAUUAGAAAGUCUGAAUUUCAGAUAACCGCUAUAGUACAGUAUGGCACAAAAACUAAUUUGUUUUACAAUUUUGUCUUAAUACCUUGGGUAAACAGCUGGAGAAGUAGUGAGUACAGAAGAAAUAAUUUUGCAUAAGUGAGAUACUGCUGGACCUCAUCUGUUGCAUUUUGGUCUGGACAUGCUUUGUACAGAUACCAGGGUGAGGGCAGGAGGGAAUAAGUCACAUGCAGCAUGUGAGGUCAGAGGGUCUGGAGAGGACGGUGGAAAGGUGUGGUUCCUGCUGCUAAGGAUGUUACAACAGCUUACAGCACAGGUCAAGUGCUGGAGUUGCUCUGAAGGGCUUAAGUUUCCCAGAGCUUCACAAGCAAAUGCCCUUUUGGAUCUGACUUCAGUAAGCUCCUUGGAGAGGACAGGGUCCACCACAUCACUUCUGGAAGAGCGUGGUAGGGACUGGAACUAGCCCUGUAGCUGAGGCAGAACUGAGAGCAUCUGUGGUGUGGCCACUAAGGGGUGACUUUUCACAUCUUAACAGUACUGACAAACCUGUAUGCACAUCGCAGAUGCGUGAGAGCAAAGUUUAGAUAAAGGAGCUUCUGAAGAGAUGUGGCAGGGCCUUUGUAGCAUGGCUGCCAACAGAAGUGGCUACAGGCUAUCUGCAAACCAAGUGCUGCCAGGGGAUAAGAUGAUGGUUUAAAAAGAAAUCCUGAAUGCACUUGUUCCUGUGUUAACGCUACUGCUUACAAUUAGAUUCAGCACAGCAGUCAGAUAAAGCCUAAAUAAACAGCUGUGUUACUUGGCAUCCCUUCGCCUGGGAAGAGCUGCAGCUGUAUCUCCCUCAGUUGCUUCAUGACAUACAGGUUCAAAAUAGCCCUUUUCAGAGCUUUUCUUAAAAACGAAGGACAAAAGCUCUUCCUCUUCUACCAAGGUCGAUGAAAAACAGACAAAUUGUUAGAAAAAUUACGUGCUUCGCUUGCAUCCCGGGACACAAACUGUUUCAGUAAGGUCACCAGAUCAGUUCUCUGGGGGCAACUGGGACAAAGUGUGGUGCAGAGAGGCCGGCUGCUUCACUUGGUGUCAUGCCAGGUUGGCAAAGGAUGUGGUGAUCAAGUACUAUUUCUGCAAAUAAUUUAUACUGGUGAUGCAGGGGCCGAUGAUUUUACCUCUUCUGAAUCAUUUCCUUUUAGGCAGAUAAUAUUUUUACCUCUUCUCUAUCUAACUAGAAGGAAAUGAAUUCAGAAUAGGUAAAAUAAUUAAUGCCUGCAUCAUGGGGUCUGCUAUGGGCAUCACAAAAAGUCCUUGGCUUUAAAAAAAAAAAAAAAAAAAAAUGUUGGUUGUAUUUUUGCAGUAAGAAAAAGAAGUUAGAGCCUAAGGGACUAUGACUUAAAAAGUUAAUAGCCUUGAAAAGAUUUAUAUUCUUGUUAUGGUGAGAGCAGUAAAUCUGGGUGUUCUUUUUCAGUUUUUUAAUUUCCUUGCUUAGGUUUCAAAGGCAGUGUUACACAUCUGUCAUAUUUCCCUGUUGCAGGAACAAUCUAAGGUCCUGAGUUUGCAGAAGCAAUAUUCUUUAAACUUUUUCCUUCUAUGGAGCUCAAGGAGUUUCAGGUUCUUUGAGGUCACCAGUUAUAAAACAGAGGCGAGGAGUUCAGACAGGUCGAGUGUACUUCAGCAGAAUGAGUGGGUUUGGUUGCUUCCUUGAUUGGCUUAAAUGAUUGUGGCAGUUGUUGAAUGAUUGUAGUUUAUUGAAAAGGAGAAAAUGACUGUUCUCUGCCUAGAAAUUGUGUCCAUUUAAUGAGACAGAAGUACAAAAUGAGAGAUGGAAAAAGUGGCAGUGGGUUUGAGGAAUUGAGCAAUUACCAGUGUAGCGCAUUCUUAUCUCCCCUGAGAUAUAUUAUCUGAAAGAAAUAGAAGUGGAUGUCCAAGAUCUUAAGCAUAACGUAGUUACUUUAGAAUCUGCCUAUUACAUAGUAAAUCCAUAAAAUACUCAAGAUGAAAUUUUAGAAAGUCACAAAUUGAUUUGUAUUAAUGAUGACUUCCCUCAGUCAUUUUGAAGUUACAAAUACUAUCAUAUCACACAAGUUAUGUUUGCUGUAAGAACAGUUCAAAAUUUCUUCAGAAAUGAUUUCUAACUUUUCUCCAUCUUCCCAACAGUCUUGAGUUUCAUUUUUGCAGACUUCUUUUGUGGUGUGUGUUAAGACCUAAGUGUUUGAAUUAUAAACUGUUGAGGGCCAGCAAACACAGGCAAUCGUACUAAAUGCAGUUUUGUUUGGUCUUUAAUAUACAACACUUAAAAAGUAAUUUGCUACCAGUGGGGGAAAAAAGAACCAAAGAGCCAGAUAAGUUUUUAUGUUACUUUCUUCAGAGACUUCAGUGGGUGUUGAAAUAUAAAUUUAAGGUUUUUGAGAUUGCUGGGCUUCAGUUAUUCAGAAAAAUAUUUUUAUGCUGUUUGCAGGCAGUAUAUGUACAUUUGAAUGCAUUUCCUCCCAGGGCAGCUCACCAAUCAUGUUUAAUGAAAGGCUUCAAUUAAAAUAAAGCCCAAAUCUUAUAGCAAUGACAGAAAUUUUGCUUUAUGAUUACACUGGUUAAGUGAGGGUAUAAAACCUAUUUAUGUAAGCACGUUUUCCCCCUAGAAAAAUUCAUCCCCAAACUGGGUUUGAUUGUGAUUCCUAACUUGACUAGUUGGGUUUAUCUUCAAUCCAGUUUUCGUGUUCUUUGUGUUAUACGUUUAAGUCAAUACUUCAGAGGUAAAGUAGGACAAACAGAUUGAUAUCAUGUGUUUAAGUGUAGGAAGUUACCUGUAACAUGAGAAGUUUUGGGGUGUUUUCAGGAAGUUUUCAUUGUGUUUCUUUUUCCCCUCCGCAUAUAAAGGCAAUUGUAUCAGUCUGACUAUAUAUUUUUUUGAAAAGGAGUGUACAGUAACUAUAAAGAAUUACAAGAAUCUGGAUCUGCUUGAUCAGGGGAUUUGGACCAGAUGAUCUCCAGAAGUCUGUGCAAGCCUUGACCCCUCUGUGAGAAAGUAGCACACUUCUUCGUGGUGUGAAAGCCAACACGUAUUCUGGUACAUCCCUGUUCCCACUGGAGACAAGUAUGCAGGCAACAUAUAUAUGAUAUAAGAAAAGUAUUUGAUACCUGCCUAUUUUGGAUUGCCAAGAGUGUUUCCAGUGAAUUACCUUUUGAGUGAUGCUUACCUUUUAGCAGAAAGUUCUGCAGAAAACACCUUUCUCAAAACACCUCAGAAAAUUAAAAUGUUUAAAAUUUAAGAGUGUAAUUAUCCUGGUGUUUCAAUAAGAUAAUUUUUUCCUGUCAAACGUUGAUAGAAAGUGAGUUUUUGAAUAGAUUGGUUUUGUUUUUAAGGAAAGGUUAUAAUGACAGAAGCUCAGUGUCUAGCCUUUUUUGUUGCUUGCUACCUUUUUUUCUUUAAAUAAAGAGGGCUGGCAGCUCCUUUCCUGUAAUACUGCAUUGAAUGUGGGUAGGGUCUUCAGGAGGCUGUGUGGUGGGAAGGAUGUUUGGAUCCUGAGAACCCCACUGUAAAUGGAAGGGAAAGUCAGCAUGCUGAGGAGCGCACGCUGUGAGGAGGAUUUUGUUGGAUUGUGGACUUUGUUCUGGUUCAGUUAUGUGCUGAUGAAUGUUAAAUAUGUGAGAUGGUUUUCAUACCCAGCUAAUGGACUGGGCUCUGUGAGUUGGCAAAGGGCAAUACUUCUUUUUUUUUUUAGAUGGCUGCAUGGCAAAUGCAUUUGUUUUGGAUAACAAACUCUGGUUUCCAUGGGGAUCGUCCUUCUGCUUUUUAAAGCUGACCAACAUAAUGCCACGUUUCCUUGAAUUCGGAAUUCAAGAUUAUGUAGCCCUGGGCCAGUUUUCCAGCAGAAACACCUCAGAAAAGAGCCCCUGAUAAGAAACGGCACUUUUGCCCACUGUGAGGACGUGCUGCAGCUUAGCAUGGUUGUAGCCCAUGGAGGAUAUCUGUGUUAGAUUGGUGACUUCCAUGGGUUCAGCAGUGAAUGACUUCUACAGAAAGAACAGAAAGUGGCUCUACAUAAUGGGAGAAGAUUCCAAGUGCAAUUGCUGUAAUGCUUGUUGAAUUACCUUGUUGCCUGGAAGGCUGUUAACCUCGUCCAUGGGAAGGAGUAGCUUCUGAAAGGUAACAUCAUGGUGCUGUGGUCAACUUGCAGAACAUCGGUACUUAAAUCUGUAACAAACCGAUUCAUUAAGAAUUUGGCCUGCUCGGGUAUUUGUGCCAGCCUAGUCUGCGUGCCUUUUGACAUUGUUCUUAGUGCCAGUCCACACUGCUGCUGGUGGAUCUAUACGAUGCUCUUCUGCAAAAUUGCCAAGUUUCUACACAAAGUCUUCUGCUCAGUGACCAUCCUCAGUUUUCCAGCCAUUGCUCUUGACAGAUACUACUCUGUUUUAUACCCUCUGGAAAGAAAAAUAACUGAUGCAAAAUCCCGAGACCUGGUUAUCUACAUCUGGGCCCAUGCAAUAGUGGCCAGCAUUCCGGUAUUUGCUGUGACCAAUGUGUCUGAUAUUUAUGCCAUGUCCACCUGCUCCGAAUCCUGGAGUUACUCCCUUGGCCACUUGAUCUAUGUUGUCAUCUAUAACAUCACCACUGUGAUUGUACCAGUGGCUGUGGUAUUUCUCUUCAUGAUUCUUAUUCGCAGGGCACUGAGUGCCAGCCAGAAGAAAAAAGUCAUCAUAGCUGCAUUAAGGACCCCUCAGAAUACAAUUUCAAUCCCUUAUGCCUCCCAGCGAGAAGCUGAGCUUCAUGCCAUGCUGCUUUCUAUGGUUGUGAUAUUUAUUUUCUGCAGCAUCCCCUAUGUGACUCUGGUGAUUUACCGCACCAUACUCAAUGUUUCAGAUAUUUCAGUCUUUUUGCUUCUCACUGCCAUUUGGGUGCCCAAGGUCUCUUUGUUAGCCAAUCCUUUGUUAUUUUUAACUGUUAACAAAUCUGUACGGAAGUGCUUAGUGGGGAUGAUAGUACAGCUGCACCGAAGGUUCAGCAGGAGAAACAUCAUCAGCUCAGGUGGUGUUGCAGAUGCUAAUCUGGAGCCCAGUGCCCGUUCAGGGAGCCAGCUUCUGGAAAUGUUCCAUAUUGGGCAACAACAAAUCUUCAAGCCAACAGAAGACGAGGAGAAUGAAACCAAAUCUGUUGGCUCUAGUGACUUUCAGCAGAAAGAAAUUCCUGUCACCUGUUCAGAGGUAGGAGAGACUUCGGUUCACAAAUUUAUACCACAGACCAUUGCAGACUCUGCAGCUCAGGUGGCACCAGCUGUGCCUGCGGAAGCUGAUAUGGUAAACGACAAGUAUUCCAUGCCAUUUGGUUUUGGACCCUUUGAGCUACCUCCACAAUGGCUGUCGGAAAGUCGAAACAGUAAGAAGCGACUCCUGCCUCCUUUGGGGAAUACCCCUGAAGAGCUAAUCCGGACAAAGCAGCCAAAGUGUAAAGCAGAAAGAAAAAUUAGCAGAAACAAUAAAGUCAGUAUCUUUCCCAAGGUGGAUUCUUAGGAGGAAUAGGAGCUUUAAGUAACCAGUGAAGGUCACCUUCUCUUAUAUGUGUGAUCCCAUGGAUCUUUGUUGUGCUGAAAUCUGUUACAAGCUGAUUUGUGUAUGUGUGUGUGCCAACUGUAAUUAAACAGAAGGGAAACAUGCAUACAAGUGUUCUUUAUUUAUAUGAUUUCAUGAAAAUAAUAUGUUGAAAGACUGUGAUUCUUAUUUUUAUUUGUGAAAUAUCUACAAUAAUACAUUCCUGAUGAGCUUUCAGAAAGUACACGUGGCUUUGGGAACACUUUUCUUAUGGAUGAAGUAUGGAAAUAUGGCAGUCAAUUUGCUGGGAACCUUAUUGUAUUAAGAUGGACUGGAUAUCGAGGGAGUGUAAUAGGAAAGGCUUUAGGGAGCACAACAGGAUGCAAAAUGGAUAAGACCUAACCUCAUGUUAGCAGACACAGCAAGCUUAUUCUGCACGUUUCGUUAACGAAGUAAGGAGGACUAUUACGUGCAUCUAUUAAGCCAAUUUCUGAAAUCAGUGUUAGAAGAAGAACUUGCUGGACUCUUGCACAAAUUAUUUAGCAAGUAUCUGCCAAACUACACCUUUUUAAAACUUAAAACAAUAUUUUUUACACUUCAGCGAAGCUGAGGAUGCCCAAAUUGUCUUGUGUGUCACAAAUCUGAGAAUGACAUAUUUAGAAAUAGCAUUUCUUUUUUUAAAAAAACAUAUUCUUGUUCUAGUUCUAAGUCGAAACUCUACUGGAGACAAUGCAGGACAAAUCCUGACCCCAAUAAACAAGAAUGUAUAUGCCAAGGGCAUUAAUGUAACAUUUUGAUCCUGUGAUAAAGGAUAUAUUCAGAUGUCCCAACAGUGUUAUGUAAGUAUUGUUUACAUAAGCAAGGGGUUGUCCUUAAAAUAGACUCCUAUCUACUGGGUCACUCUGUUUUCUUAUGGGAAAGGCAGCAAAUGAAAGAAAAGGGUUGGAAUUGCUUACAGCAUUGUACUGAACUGAUGAGUGAGGAAACUGAUUAUGGACCACAAAAGACAAGGUUUGCUAAUGCUGUGGCUCAGUAUUGUUAGUGAGGUUUUCCUUUUACCUUCACCAACAUAAAUACCAGACAUCGUAUUCCACUUGUUUCACAGAUUUGAUUAACCUGUGUAUGAACAUAGAUAGGUUAGGCACAUUUGGUGCCUAAUUUCUGAUCAAGUCAGAGUCAGCCAUCCCUGGUUUCAGCACACCAGCCUUCCUUUCAGAGCUUACUGUUCUGCAUCCUUCCGCAGCUUGUCCUCCCAAGCUUAUAAUCUCCUUGAUACUCUAUGAAUUUCAAAUGUACCAAUCUGUUAGAUGACCGUGAAACUUGUCGCCCCGGCUGUAACCCUUUGGUCUGUUGCAAGUAGUUGUUCCUUCUUUCUUAUCUGCACUCACUGUUGACUCUGUGGGUGAGAAAAACUGAAAAAUAUAAGUGACACUCAGCAAUCCUUGUGGUUCUCGUGUAGUGUAGCCCUUUGGUGCAUGCUGGAUCUUUACCUGUUGUUAUUGCCUGUCAGGAAAGUAGUUUUCUUUAAAGUAUACUUUUUAAAAGGACAAGGUGAGUUAUCUUGCUGAGCUCACAGUAACUUGCCAAGUCCAACUGGUUACUGUUAGAAGUGUGAAAAAUUCUGCUGAGGCAGAAUUUGGAGAUGUGCCUAUUGUUCCUUUGAAGAGUGGGAAGCAAGUCAGCUGCUUCUGGUGGCUUUGAGGUGAUGGAUUUCUGUAAGACAUUCAAAGCAAGUGUUUUAAUUAAAAAAAAAAAUUCUCAAUUACUGUGUAAAUGGUUUUUCACCCUUUGUUCAAGAACUUCUCAGUGUGGAAAUGAAGAGCAGCAUUCAGUGGUGCAGAUGUGUGGUGGGAACCCAAGCUGCCCUGCCAAGCAGACGAUAACUUGCCCAAAAUCAGACAGAAGAAAUAACCCAGGAAAAGCUGUUCCUUCUGUGUCAGAGACAGUAAAGAAUCAUAGCAUACAGUUUUUUGAAGUGCUGAUUAAAAACUGUUUUUCUGAAUUUAGUAAAAACAGAGUCCACUAAAGAAAUCCCCCAAAGCAAAGUAGGAGAUAGUGUCCUUAUGAAUUUUGAAUAAACUAGUAUUUACAGCCUGCUUACACAUAGACACUGAUCAAAGUCUCUGUGAUUGAUGAAUGUGGAUAAACGGUUACUCAGAUCAGAACUUCCUUUGAGGAAAACAAACUCAGUAUUGUCCCUUCAAGUCUUGUGUUGAACAAAAUGCCAAUGAUAAAUUUGAAAAGACAAAUUGCAUAGAAUUUAGUUUUAUGUCUGGAAAGUGAGGCAUUUGUAUUGAUUUUGGACUUUUGAGACAAAAUUUCUUUCAAACAGGACAUGUAAACACUGUGCAGGUUUUGUUUGUUUGUUUGUUUGUUUGUUUGUUUUUAAGUAGAUGGAAACCUUUCAGCUAGUAAUUAACUAAGGUGUGUUUUGAAUUCCUGAGAAAUUAUUUCAGAAUGUAACUGGUAGUAAUAUUUGAUUUUGGUCCAUCUUGCAUCAGUUUAUCCAUAUGGAUUUUUAAGAGAAGUGGAAAAAAUAUAUAGAAGCCCAUCUUUGCAUAGAACAAAAAAAAUCUGUGAAAUUCAUAAUGCAACUUCUGUAGAGAUCUGUCAUCGGAAAACUAAUUCAGAAGACACCUUAUGCAAGAUGGAAUAUUUGUCUUGUACAGUUUGAUUUCCUUGAAGGCAGUGGUACCUUUGAGACUAUGCUGCUGUCUGUUGGCUUGUUGUUCAAACAAUUUCUACAGGGGAAAAUGUUCUCUGGUAUUCAAUAGGAAAAAAAAAAAUCAAGACUUGUUUUCUUCUUUAUUGUUGUACUGAAGAGAAGCGGAAGUUUUUUUUGUUGUUGUUGUAAUGGUUGUUUUUAAGAUAUAUUUUUCUCUCCUGAUUACUGGUGAAGGAAAGUGAAGUGCCAGUCUAAGCUGUAGGAACAGAAGAAAGCCUGGGGUAAUUUGGGCUGUGAAAAUAGAUUUAAAGGAUAAAUCUUAAUUCUAGAGAAUAAACUUGAAGGAAGGAAAGACAAAAAUCACUUUUCUGCCACUUAGAGAUGAAAAAUGGAAAAUCGAGCUCGUAUUAAACAAAGGAAGAAAUCAUUUAGAAAGCGAAAAAGACUUAAGGGAACAAUGUCGAUGUACUGUUCCUAGAUAUUCUCAAAAAUAUUGUUAAAUUCAACUGGAUGUAAAAAUUGAAAAACCACAGUCGUUCAGCACCAAAUAAUGCUAUACUGGUUGGCUUCUUUGGAACACUCUAUUUUGCACGAUGGGAUAAAUUUGCAGAGAAAAGCAGUUGUUUUCUAGAAGCUUCUGAAGUGUUCUAGCCUGUAACAACAAACAAAUCUAAUUGUUAUGAACAUGUGGUAAUUUAAUGAAUGCAUUUGUUCUGUUUUUAAAGGUUCUUUAAAAUACACCUAUUGAUAACACUUUGCAGAAAAAGCUGUAUGGAUUUCUGUAGUCUGUUUAAUUCUGCUCCCUAUUUCCUGGGAAAAUAUUCCCAUAUGAGCAGGCUGUAUGGUGAAGAGUGAACAGAAAAGUAAGAGAGCUUGCAGCUUUGGAGUGCUGGGACUCACAGCAGGUCCCACAGCUGCUGGGAUGGUGACCAACCAAUCAACCUGCUCUGGAGGCAACUGCCUGUCCCACAGAACCCAGCUUGAGUUCCUGUCUCCUGACCCUGUGCUGCAGGAUUGGGUAGCAGGUGUCAGCUUAGAAAAGCAAAAUCCCUGUCAUCUCAUCUUGCUUGACUUAUUGUGUAGGCAUACUUUAACCUAUGGAGGAUUUGAUAUGAGAGGUGUUUUAAUGAGGUAUGGG